AUGCCAGCUGCCACAAACACUUGUCCCAAUGGUUAUCCAACAACUCUUUCACAAGAUGAUCCAUUACCAUCACAUGUACAUUAUCGUAUGUCGAAAAAGAUUGCACAACUGACGAAGGUAAUCUACAUACUGAACACAAAAAAUGACGAGAUUGAAAAUGCGGUAACUCAAAUGACGCAGUUACGUCAAUGCGAGAUUGAGCGUCUGAGAUGUCAGUAUGCAGCAAAAAUGAUGCGGUAUGAGGAACUAUUGGAAGAGGAGAUUGAGAACCGCACAAAAAUAUCACAACUAGAAGCAUCGCUGGAACAGGCUCGCUCUCGGUGUGAAAAAGGUGAAGCGAUUUUGAAGCUAUCAACAGAGAAAUCAGAACAGACACAGAAAGAGUUAAAGGUGAAUUACGAGGCGCAAUUAACCAAACUCAAAGAAGCGCUUUUGAAAACCCAAGAAGAUCACUUGCGUGGCACCCAGCUGGCCGAGGAAACUAUUCGCAGUUGGAAAGAACACCAGUGUCCGGAUAUUGAACCAAUAAGAGAGGAAAAAUGUCGUUUGGAACGCGAACUGGAAGCGGUUUCCCGCGCCAAAGAAGAACUCGAAGAGACACUGGACACCGUUCGACGGGAAAUCGCCGGUGAUUUCCAGCACCAAAUCACUCGGUUGUCAUCUGAGUUGAGUGCGAAACAGGAUAUCGUUGGACGACAGGAACGCACAAUCGAGGUACUGACCACCAAGCUAAUCAAAGUGAAGGAAGAUUUGGUCAGAACAUGUGAGCUAGAAGAGGCCCGAAAGAAAAUAUUGAUUGGUGAAAUCCAGAGAAGCACGGAGGAAGAGUGCUCUGCAAAAUGGAACGGACUUAUGGAACAAGAAAUCAGCCGUUAUAAGGAGGAGCUGGACGAAACACGUCAUAUUCUGAAAAACAGCCAGCAACAGUUUGAAGAGAAUCGCUUGCGUUUGGAAAAGGAACUGGAACAGGAGAAAAAUAAAAAUAAUGAAUUACGAUCCAAACACGAACUAGUCCAGUUCCGUUUGUUGGAAGAUAACCAAUCGUUAACCGAACAAGUCCUAGCCGUACAGGGAGAACUACUAGCUAGACAAGAAGAAUGGGGCAAGACAGCGGCACAAUACAGCGCGGAGAAAUGCAAGUUACAAACCGAGAAUGGAGCCAUCCGAAUACAGAUAAAAACGUUGGAGAAACAAAUGGCAAAUUUGAAAAAAACCGUAAACGGAAACGACAAAAACGAUAAAUCACAAAUUGUGAAAAAUUUGGAGGAAGAAAAAUCUCAUCUGGAGGAAGAGAUAUCACAAUUAAGCACACAACUGACCGCAUCCCAGAAUCUCCUCAAGACGAACAAGGCCGAAUAUCGAAAUGCAUUGUUCCGUUUAACUGAUCACGUAAAGAAAAAGUCCACUCCGUCCGAUUUUAUCCACAUGCAAGAAGUUGAACGCCUAAAACGUUUGGUGAAAAAAUUGACUGCAGAAUACCAAGCGGAAAAAGUUGAGCUUGUAAAUCAGCUGGAGAAGAGUUCCACGUUCACUGACUUAACCGCACAAUUAGACCGGAAGUGGGCAGAGACUGUCGCUCGCGAAUGUUCGCGCGUUCGGGAAGAAACGCGCGAGAAGUUGGCUGAUGCGUUCGAGCGAAAAACUCAAUCAUUGAUAGACCAGAACACCAGACAGAUGGUGGAAGUCGAGAAUGAGUAUCGCAAACAGAUCGAUCAUUUGCUUCUGCAGCUUCAUGCUGCAAAAUUGGACGCGGAAAAAUUGAGGCCUGAAUCACAAGAUCUACUCCGGUGA